UCAGGCCAGAUGGGAAAUUUCUGAUUGCUUUUCUCGACUUCUCCCUCCGGUUCACUUCUGUGAGUUCUCUCGUGCUCGUUCCUUUUCUUUCUUCAAGCGCUUUCUUCCCUCCCUGACGCCUACUCUUCUGUCACUUAUCGAUGGAGAAUCGCGGUGCUGAGCGGGCAGACGACCUCGAGAUUGCCUCCAUCGGCUCUCUAUAUGUUGGUCCCUGGGACAAGAAGUACUGGAGCUGCACUAGGGGCAAAGACCGUUACCCUUAUCCAGUUGGUUAUCAUGCUAUUCGAACUCAUGCUGGAAAUGUUUUUCAGAUGGAAGUUUGCGAGGGACUGAAAGGGCCUCUAUUUGUUAUCACAGCAGUUGAUGGGAGUUCAUUUAAUGGUCAAACUCCUGAUAUUGCUUGGGAGAAUUACCAGAAGAACUGUCCCAAACUGAAGAACUGGAAUGUGAAGAGACUUUCAAAUAAAAUUGAUGGUUCUGAGCUUUUUGGAUUCAAAAAUCCAUCCAUCCAGAGACUGCUUCGUGAGCUUGUGAACACGGCAGAAGGAAGAAGUUUAUUUUCCCCUUUCUUCUGCAAUGGAUCUAAGAAUAAGGACCAAAUAUGUCCUCAAGUCUCUGACCAAUACUCCAGUUUAGUGUCUGCCUUCGAAGAAAAACGUUGCUCUAGAAAGAGAAUUCGAAAGAAGAGAAAUGCUCGAAAUGAUAUUAUGAGGGAAGCAAGGUCAAAAAAGAUCUGUCCUCAGGGUCUACAAAGUAAUUCAAAAACUUGUAUUUUGCAACAAAUGGAUGAUCUUUGUUAUCUUUCCCCAGACAGCAAUGCCAUGCAAUUGAAGGGAGAACAAAGUGUCUCACAUAAUGAAGAUUCUGCAAAUGAUGGUAUUGCUAGGCAUCAUAGGACCUCACCAAAUGGCAUGUUUUCCCCUCUAAUGCAUCUAAAAUCAUCAAAUAUUCAGUGUCAAAAGGAAACCGAAAUCAUUUCAUUUGCUAAUGGCAACGGCCACGAAGAAACUAAUUUAAUGAUGCAAGGGGAACCAGAAUUAAACUGCCAUUCCGUUCUCGCUUCAAAAGAGAUUUCGAUUGAUUUGGAUUGUUCUGAAUCUGUUGUUGAUAAGCACAUUGUUUCUCAUCAGAAUAAUUGCGUUGAUACUGAAACUUCUAGUUUCACAAUCGGCCUAGAUAAAAUCAGCAAUGCAGUCAAAAUCAUGCUUCAUAGGUGUCCGGAUGGUGUAAAUGAAAGGAGUAAUCCAGUUUCAUCAGUGCCAAAAGGCGAUUGUGAAGAACUCAUGGCCUUGGCAAGUUUAUCUGAUGUCUACAUUUCCGAUACUUGUGACACUGUUAUUGGUAAAAACUGCAAUGGAACACCUUUUGAUGUUAAUAACGUUGCGAUGUCUGCUUUGGACCGCUUAAAUGAAAUCCCUAGCUGCAUGAAGAAUGAGCUUGUUGCACUUGAGCCUUUAUCCAGAACUUCCAAAUCUCAUUCACUGGAAAUUGUUUCUAAGAGUGAGUUAAAGAAUUUGACUAGCAGAAGCAUCCCAUGUGGUUCAGAACCUAGAUGUUUAAUGCCUCAGGAUGUCUUUUACACUGGCUGCAUCCUAGAGGAUGGCAUUCAUAACGGAGUUGCCAAAGAUUCGCUGCCAGAAGUUGGCUCUUCUGGAUCUACUGGUCAAAGUUUUGAAGAUGUUGACUUAGAUUUAGCUGGGCAGGAGUUAGCUAAAUCAAUGAUGACAUUUUUGCUUCCACGAGCAGUUCCUUUACUUAAGAAAACUUAUGUGAGGAGAAGAUCAAGAGCAAGACUUCUGGAAGCUAAUGAUCCUUGUUGUAUUUUGAUUGAUAGGAAUUCUGCAGACCCAAAAACUGUAAAUGACCAUCUCAACAAUAUUUUGCAUCAAGGGAAACUUGUGGCUGGAACACUUGCUCAGCUUCCAGAAAAGACUAUUGAUGAGGUUAUUGAUGCUUCAAAGACAUUAUCACGAGUUUGCUCGUCUUGUGAUUUUAUUAGUUCUAACCUGCACCUAGUCAAUGACACAUUUUCUGGAAAUAGAUGUUCAAAGGAUCUCAAGUCUGUCAUUCCUGAUAGCUUUGAGAAUGACGUAAAUUCAUAUAGUGCCUCUAUGAAAGAACAACCAUGUGUGGGCUUUCAUGAAUCUGAUAUUUCACCUCAAAAUGAUGUGAAAAGAAAUUCUUAUACCUCAAACUUGCUUAUUACUGAUGCGGACGAGGUUAAUGAGUUGGUGAAAUGUUUUUCUCAGAAUGAUGCAUACAAUCUAGAAGUUCUUUCUCCUGGCAGAAGGGAUGAUCUUGCUGAUUUAAUGAUAACCGUUGUAGAACCUGCCAAGCAUAUCCCUCCAGCCGAAGAAACUAAUGCUGAACUCAUAAAGAAGGUUGCAAAGAAUGCAAACCAUUUAACUGAAAAUCUUAAUUCCUUGGAUGCUGCCUGUGUAAUGCAAAGUAGCUCUCUUCAUUUUAAUCAUGAAUCUAAACACAGUGCUGAAGAGGAAAAUUUCCAAGUGGCUCUAGGAAAGAAUCCUAUUAUAGCUGAAAAUUUUGAGCAGAACACUCUAUUAUGCCAUAUCCUCGAUAAUUUGAUUGAUAAUGAAGUUUCUGAAGAAGUUAUUGAAAGUCACAAUUCUUUUGGAUCCGUUAAGGAAAAACAUGGAAGUUAUAGUCCCAUUGAAGUUGUUAAUUUUGGUAUGCAUGGAAUCAAUAAUGGUGAGCCAAUGAGUGAGAAGGACAGCCAUUCAUCCCUAUGCAUGCCAAAGGGUGUGCUGGUUACUGGUGGGAUACCAGUUGAUACAAUUGAGGCAGAAAACUUCAACAGCUUCUGUAAUGCUCCUCUGUCAGAAACUAUUGUAUGCCAAGAUCUGAAUAAAUCCGAUAUUCCAGAGAUGAACUCUUCUAGAAAGUCUUUGUUUGCAGCUAAAAAUUAUCAAUCCAGUCAUAUGAAUUACAAUGCAGAUUCUAGGAUUCUUUCUGUUUGCGAAGUCAAGACUGCUGAGCCAAAAAUCGAUUUAAGAAAUAUCCCAAAUGCAUCUGAACUUGAAGCCAACUGGCUCAUUACUGCUGCCGAGGCAUUUCAAAGUCAGGAAUUGGAUACAAAUGUAACAGGAAUUAUCGAAGUGCCUCAAGCUAAUCGUUCCCCUUUUUGGUUCAGUGAAGACCCUAUGGAUGAUGUUAGUCAGUUUUCUAAGCCUGGAUCGUGCUCUUCACUUCCAGUAAAAGAGGGGAUAAAAGAAAUUCCUGAACGAAGCAAAACAUUUACUCUUAGUCAGCUACAACCUUCUUACAAGAACCCUCUUGUGAAAACUUCAUUUUACUCCGAGAAGAAUUCCAUCUUGCAACCAACUACUACCAAUGGCCACAAAAAUCCUUCUCAUGAUACGCUCUACAGGAGAAGCCUUUUAGAUGGUUCAUUAGCUAAAAGUUUGAACUGGAAUGAAGGGGAUAGACAUAUGGAGCUUGUUGGCUGCUAUUUACAUCCAGAACCUGUGUUGUCCAUAUUGUUAAUCGCAAACAGGAAUCAAUUACAACUUAGUAUCUUAUGUGGCUUUCCUGACAGGAGCAAUAGAUAUAUAUUUAUGUAUGCUCUUUCUGUUGAAAAGCAGAGGAGAGGAUGUCCUUCUUUUCUUGGUUACACGCCACUUUUACUUCCCUUUGCGAGAAACCGAUGGAACAGAAAUAUUUCUUUUGAAAGAUCUGCAUUGCAGUUGACUCCUGAUGGGCAGUCUCUCAUUUUUGUCAACAGCAUUAAAGUACCCCGUUGCAGGGAACAAAAGAUCAGUUGUUUAUGCUCAGAAUGCAAAUCCGAGUCUUCUAAAGAAACAAGCCUGGAUAUUGUUCAUGUGAAAUUUGGUUAUGUUUCAAGUAUUAAAAAGUUGAUAACUGGCGAGGGAAUUUGUUGCAUAUCAGUUUGCGAGCCAAAUUAUCUUGUAGCAGUUGAAGAGAAAGGGGGACUGCAUGUUUGGGUAAUGAACUUGACGUGGAGGCCUACUUACUAAAAUAACCAAGUAAAUACAGUAAAAGGUUUACGAAAAAGACUAAUUCCUGCUGGUUACAUCUGGCGGCUGCUGGAACUGAUUAAAUAUGCUUCGGUUGGCUUGGUUCCUGGCUGCUGCUGGUGCUAGGUACAUUGGUGGUCUGCUGAUGAGGCAGGUGGCUUGCAUUGGAAGCUUUUCCUCUUCACAGAUAUACUUGAAUGCCUGUAUUGCUAUCUUUGUAAUGUUCCUCAAUAUUUCUCACCCAAUCUUCCCACUUAUCUUGAAUUGUCGUGAAUAAAUUAUUGCCUAACAGAUGUAUUCAUAUGGUUGGAUAUCACAUAAUCAAUAUGGCCUGUUAUUGACCAUUUGAGGUAAGUGGGAUACAAAUUCUUACCAAUUACUGUGUUACCUGUACUUAAAGUAAUUACUUGAAUCGUACUCAUAAUUCCAUUUUGGAUGCUUGGGAUUGAAACCACUUUACUUUAAUGACUCUGGUAUUGGUGGAUUUAAUCUUAGGCUCCCAACCAUCAAUAUAGAAUGACUGGUUGGGAUGAGCUAAUUGCAUCAUGUGAUUACCAAGGUCAUUGGAGAGGAAGCGCAUCAGAGGAAUUGACAAUGGCAACAUAAAUUUUCAGAAUUACUUGCCAAACAUUUUCUUGUUUUUUUCAUCAUCUAAUUCUUGUUUCUUUAAUGGCCAAUCUACCAUGUUUUCAUUAUAUCAUAAAUUUACCAGAGCAACUGCUAUGAAAAUACUUCUCCCCCUCUUUUCCCUUAGAUGUGAAGGUGUCAUCAUAAUUAGCCUUAUUCCAAUUGAAGGGUGAUUGCCCAAUCAUAAAUUAUAUGUCCAAACUAAUUAAAUGAAUUCUUAUAUGUGAAGGUGUAGUGUCCUUAAGAAGUAAUGGAAAAUUUAUAAUUGAGAUUGGCAAGUUUUCGCCAGAGGCAAUAAUUUAAUCUCUUUUGUGCAUUAGGUUAUAUUGUCUACUUUGCCUUAUUGGAAUUUCUAUUUCUUUGAUCAUAUUUUAUUCCCUCACCCACUGCAAACUUUCUUGUGGCUUAUAUUAUCAUCGUGUAUUUUG